AUGGAGUGUCGACUCCCGGAGGAUAAGCUGGAGGCUUUGAAGGAGGAAGUACGGGGGAUUAUUGGGCUGUGGAAGAUUCAACUGCGCAAGAUGCAGUCGCUGCUAGGUAAGUUAAACUUCGCCUGCAGGAUAAUCCCCAUGGGUAGGGUGUUUUGCCGCAGGUUGUCGGGAGUGACAGCUGGCGUGCGGACUCCGACUCAUUUUGUGAGUCUCAAUGGUGAACACAGGGCUGACUUGAGGGUCUGGCACGAGUUUUUGGAGUCCUUUAAUGGACAAGCUUUGUGGAUGUCUGGGCCUGUUAGCAACUUCGACUUGGCGCUGUUUACGGAUGCUGCGGGCUCUACGGGGUAUGGAUCGUUUUGCCAAGGACAGGUUCCAGGAGUUGGCACCAACAGUGGAGCUACACUGAGUUCCCUGUCCCGACUGGAUGUGGAACAUUGCUUUGACAGUGCAGCACGGUGGAUCCAGCGGUCGGUGAGUGAGGCUACAUGGAAUGCCUACUCAAAGACUGUGAGGGACGGUGCCGUCCUUCCAACAGAGAAGAGGUUUUCCUGUACUGAGUGCGGGAAGUGUUUUUCUUCUAAAUCCAAUCUUAAUAUUCAUAAAAUGUCUCACACAGGGGAGAAGCCGUAUUCCUGUCCUGAGUGCGGGAAAUGUUUUUCACGGAAGUCCAGUCUUUACAGACAUCAGAGAUCUCACACAGGGGAGAAGCCACAUUCCUGUCCUGAGUGCGGGAAAUGUUUCUCAAGGAAGUUCCAUCUUUAUAGACAUCAGAGAUCUCACACGGGGCAGAAUCCAUAUUCCUGUCCUGAGUGCAGGAAAUGUUUUUCACAGAAGUCCUAUCUUUCCACACAUCAGAGAUCUCACACGGGGGAGAAGCCGUAUUCCUGUCCUGAGUGUGGGAAAUGUUUUUCACAGAAGUCCUAUCUUUCCAUACAUCAGCGAUCUCACACGGGGGAAAAGCCAUGUUUCUGUCCAGAGUGUGGUAAAUGUUUUUCAUUGAAGGCUAGUCUUUCCAGACAUCAGAGAUCUCACACGGGGGAGAAGCCGCAUUCCUGUCCUGAGUGCGGGAAAUGUUUUUCAGAAAAGUCCCAUCUUUACACACAUGAGAGAUCUCACACAGGGCAGAAGCCGUAUUCCUGUCCUGAGUGCGGGAAAUGUUUUUCACAGAAGGUUAGUCUUUCCACACAUCAGAGAUCUCACACGGGGGAGAAGCCGUAUUCCUGUCCUGAGUGUGGGAAAUGUUUUUCAGAUAGGUCCCAUCUUUACACACAUGAGAGAUCUCACAUGGGGGAGAAGCCGCAUUCAUGUCCUGAGUGCGGGAAAUGUUUCUCACGGAAGUCCAAUCUUUACAUACAUCAGAGAUCUCACACGGGGGAGAAGCCGUAUUCCUGUCCUGAGUGCAGGAAAUGUUUUUCACGGAAGUCCCAUCUUUAUAGACAUCAGAGAUCUCACACGGGG